UGUUUCUCAUUUUUCUGUAUAGAAAGGCAAUUCAUGCAGCCUUCUCUUCACACAAACUGAUAGCCAUGGAAAAUAGCAACAUGGAUAUGUUCACAAAACUCUCAAGCUCUUUGCUUGUCCUGAUCAUUAGUUACUUACCCUUCAAAGAAGCCGCAAGAACUUCUAUUCUGUCCAAGCAGUGGUUCAAUCUCUGGAAAGAGACCACUGUUCUUGAGUUCAACGAGAGUUUCUUUGUUGAUCGUGACGAAGAUGAAGACAAUCAGAAGGCUCAGAGACAUGUCUUCAUUGAUUUUGUUAAGCAGAUUGUUAUGAACUACCCACGAAAGGCAAUUCAGAAGUUUUCUUUUGUAUAUUCUAAACCAAAAGAAUGCCUUUCUGACAUGCAAAACUUUGUCCUUUUUGCUGCGUCUCGAAAUGUAAGAAACCUUGGAUUGGAUUUCUCUGAUCCUAGAUGGAUAGAAGAUGACAUAGAGCGAUACCCAUCAAAGUUUGAAUUGCCUUUACAGGUUUAUCAACUUUUUGGCCUUGAAUCUUUGUUGUUAUUCUCAUGUUCUUUUGAUGUUUCCAGGUUCACUAAUUUUAGUGCCCUGAAGACUGUUUUCAUCGGAUGGAUUGAGAUAACUGAAGUUACUGUAAAUAUUUUGAUUAGAAAUUGUCCCCAGAUAGAGACUUUGUGUUUAAAGAAAUGUUGGAGUUUGGAGCAUUUUGAAGUCUCUGUUCAGAACUCAAGUCUAAAGAAUUUGAUUCUUGAUAAGUGCCAUUUUAUGAAAAAUAUGAUUUGGGUUGAAGGACCAAGAUUACAAUUCUUUAAGUACUCUGGUGAAAUUAAUCAGUUUUACCUUAUGAAUCCAAUGGAUAUGGUAGAGGCUGAUCUUGACUUUUCAAUGGAGCCUGAGUUUGAUGAACUUGGAACCAUUCUUUGUGAUUUCUUACAGGAAUUUUAUGCUGCUCGUGUAUUGACAGUUUGCAGCGUUUUGCUUCAGAUUAUUCCUGAAGGGGAUGACCCUCUUGGCUUGCCGGCCCCUAUCAAUACCCGCCAUCUGAUCGUGAAAACUGCAAUGCAUGAAAAUGAGCUUGUAGGAAUCAAGUUUAUGUUAAGAAGCUGCCGCUAUAUACACACACUCACCUUCGACAUAGUCCCUGGAAAAAUAUUCCCUGAUUAUACUCCUCCAUUCGAAUUAGCACCCCAAGAACUUUGGACGAAGAAGUACAGGAUGAACACAUGUAUCAAUCAUAACCUUCGAGUGGUGAAUGUGAAAGGGUUUAAAGGCUCAGAUAAUGAAAUUUAUGUCCUGAGGUUCAUAAUUCAGUUUGGUGCGAAUCUUGAACAGGUGAAUCUCUAUAUCUCUGAUGAAGAAACCGAAGAUGGAGAGAACAGAGACAUUUAUAUAUCAAAGAUCCGUUAUAUUAUUACUGAUGAUGGCGCUCUCUCCAAGAAGCUGCGCAUAUUUAUCUUCUAAAUGAGUUUUAAUAUAUGUUAUGUUAUGUUAUGUUCUGUUGAGUUUAUUUGGAUGUUUGCUUUUAUUUUAUGUUGUAAUAAUAUAAGAUGUUUUAGUUUAA